GCCACCGUAGUCUACCUGCCGAGCCUGCCGCUGGCCCGUGGUCGCCUCCUCUGUGCCCUGGAGCUGUCAGCCACCAGCGACGCACCUGGGGCACUGCUCAGCCCUGUCGCACGCCCGCGCCGCGGCUGGGCCGAAGCAGAUGUCACUCCUUACCUGGUGUCAAGGAAUGGCAGUGUAGGGAGCCUGGCACUGCGGCACGUCUGUGUACGUGCUGGCCGGAUGGGUGGCCGUGAUGCCCCAGUAGCCCCCAGCCACCCCUUCCUCCUCCUUUACCUCAAUGACACCCAGGCUGGACUGGCAUCUCUGGCGGCAGACCCCCAUCGGCACCGGCGUGACACAGGGACGCUGGCCCACGACCUGCCUGGCUACUUGCGGGAGCAGGAAGGGGAGAAGAGUGACUGCUCCCUGCGCCCCUUCCCUGUCAGCUUUGCCCAGCUGGGCUGGGACCACUGGAUCAUUGCUCCCCAUCGCUACAACCCACGCUACUGCAAGGGUGCCUGUCCCCGCCUGCUCCGCCACGACUACCAUGCGCCCAACCAUGCUGUGGUGCAGAGCUUUGUCCAUCAGCUGGUGGAUGCCAAUGUGCCCUGGCCCUCCUGCGUUCCCUACCGCUACAGCCCCAUCAGUGUCCUCAUGAUCGAGCGUGAUGGCAGCAUCCUUUACAAGGAGUACGAGAACAUGAUAGCAGAGUCCUGCACCUGCCGGUAA